AUGCCUGCCCCUCCAGCUGAAGAUACAAUACGUAUCUUGAUCGCAACAGACAACCACGUCGGCUAUGGCGAGCGCGAUCCAAUCCGUGGAGACGACAGUUGGAAGGCAUUUGACGAGAUCAUGACCACUGCCAAAGAGCGUGAUGUGGACAUGGUCCUCCUAGCCGGCGAUCUCUUCCAUGAGAAUAAGCCGUCCCGAAAGUCCAUGUACCAGGUCAUGCGAAGUCUUCGUGCCAAUUGCUUAGGGGAUAAGCCUUGCGAGCUGCAGAUGCUGAGUGAUGGGAGCGAGCACUUCGCUGGCGCCUUCAAUCAUGUCAACUACGACGAUCUAGACAUCAAUGUGGCAAUCCCAGUGUUCUCGAUCCAUGGCAACCACGAUGAUCCUUCAGGGGAGGGCCACUUGGCUGCACUCGAUCUACUGGCCAUGUCUGGUCUGCUCAACUACUACGGUCGUACUCCAGAAUCCGACAACAUCCACAUCAAGCCGGUGUUGCUCCAGAAGGGACAGACGAAGCUCGCGCUUUACGGCAUGAGCAAUGUGCGCGACGAGCGUUUGUUUCGAACAUUUCGCGACGGCAAUGUCAAGUUCUUCCAGCCGAGCGUCCAAUCCGGCGAGUUCUUCAACCUCAUGAGCGUCCACCAGAAUCACCAUGCCUACACGGAGACCAACUACUUGCCCGAGCACUUCCUCCCGAGCUUCAUGGAUCUCAUCGUCUGGGGGCACGAGCACGAAUGUAAAAUCGAUCCUGUGACUAAUGCGGAGUUGGGAUUCAAGGUGAUGCAGCCCGGGUCUUCUGUGGCCACCUCGCUUGUCAAGGGAGAGGCCGAGCCAAAACACAUUUCGAUCAUCAGUGUUACCGGCAAAGAGUUUACAAGCGAACCCAUUCGCUUGAAGUCUGUGCGACCUUUUGUCACAAGAGAAAUUACCUUGAGGGAGUUCCGAGAGCUGAAAGAUCUUGCCCAUGAGAGUGAAAACAAAAGCAGAAUCACGCAAUUCCUCAUGAAUGUCGUGGAUGAGCUCAUCGCGGAGGCGAAUCAGAGCUGGCAGGAACUGCAUGAGGACGCUGACGAGGAAAUGGACGAAGACGACGGACCACCACUACCGCUUGUGCGUCUACGUGUGGAAACCACCCCACCAGAAGGUGGCAGAUAUGAAAUUGAGAAUCCUCAGCGAUUCUCCAAUCGAUUCCAAGGCAGAGUAGCCAACUCCACAGACGUCGUCCAGUUCCACAAGAAGCGUGUUGUGCAUAGUACAACCAAAAUCCAGCCAGAUAUGCCCGACAUACAGGAUCUAUCCCUUGACAGCUUCAAGGUCGACAAGCUUGUCAAGGAAUUCCUCGCGGCUCAGUCGCUUGUCAUAUUACCACAGAACAGCUUCAGCGACGCCGUUGGCCAAUUCGUGGACAAAGACGACAAGCACGCCAUGGAAGAGUUCCUCUACGAGAGUCUGAACAAUCAACAAGCCAACUUGAUGGUGGACGCCGACGAUGGAGGUGAUGGGGGCGAUGAGAGUGUGAUCGACGAGGACAAAAUGUUGGAAAUCAUCGAGAACCACCGCCUUCGGAUGGAGGAACAACACGCUAGUGGCGAGUUUAGAAUCCGGCGGAAGAGAGGCAACGUGAAGCCCAAGCCUGACGAUUGGGACAGUGACAUUGAAGGUAUGGCUUGGGAGGACAGCCUCCGUUCCGUUUUGGUCGUGGAAGACGGCGAGAAAGAUGACGACGGUGAUGAUAUGAGCGUCGCUUCAGGCACUAGACCCGCUAGAGGUCGCGGCAGUCGUGGUGGCCGUGGUGGGAAAGCGGCGGCUGGGACUUCUCGCAAAGCUCCUGCUACGAAGAAAGCUCCUGCAGCAAAGAAGACCGCUGCUAAGCCUGCCGMACGUGGCAAGAAAAAGACACAAAACUACGACGACGAGGAUGAUGAGGAAGAUGAGGAUGACGACCAAGAUGUCAUCAUGCUGGAUGAUGACGACGACGACGACAGUCAGGCAUUGUUUGUGAAGCCCGCCAGAAAACCUCCUGCAAAGGCACCUGCCAAGACAGCUGCCAAGUCAACUCGCGGCAGAGGCGGUGCAGCAUCUGGACGUAGCGCCACUCAGGGCACUCUUUCCUUCGCGAGUCAAAGUCAAGCAAAUAGCAGCACUGCGAGGUCAACCGCCAGAACCAAGGCCGCGCCUCCGAGCCGAAUGCAAGAGCCUGAAGAUGAUGAGAUCAGCGACGAUGAUGCUUUCGAGCCUCCACCGGCUGCGCAACGUAGGACGGGGAGGCGCUGA